AUGCAGUUAACUAACAAAGCUACUAGAAUCAUUCAAUAUGGUAUAAGUGCUAUCACGGUAUUAAUAUCAGGGUUGUUACUCAAGAAGAAUCCUUCAAUAUCAUCUGUUGUAGAUGAACUUAAUGAGUUAACAGGGUCUCAUAUGAAUUUAUCAGAUACUUCGGCUUCUAACAUAUUGAUGACAGCUUCUGGGAGCUCAACAUUGGCUGACAAAUUUAUUGUAUACUUAUCUUCGUUACUCUCCAACACUAAAACUCAAACUAAUAAUGGGAGAUUAACCUAUAAAACCUUAGGAUACAUGGGAGGUGUGAUUACUGGAGAAGUAGCCGAAUAUCUUAUGUGGUACAGCUCAAUGGUUAUUUCAAUGAUCAAGAACGGAGAUGUGUCUUGUGGAGAUACAGCCAGUUUACUAAAUAGCUACAACUUAACCAACACCAGAGAUUUGGAAUUGAAUUCUUUUUUUGACGGAAACCUUACAGAGUUGAUUCCUAGCUAUGAUUUUGAUGGAUCUUCCAAUGUUACUGUAGCAUUGAAGCAAGCAGAAUUGAUUUUGAAAUUAAGUCAACAUUGUCAAUUCAAUAAGGCUACCAUUGGUUUGAGUGCUGUUAACUUCUUUGUCUACAUCAUCACCAGUGGAGUGACUGUGGGUUCCUUUGUUACAUUUUAUCGAGCAUAUAAAAAUUCAGAAGAAGACACAGAGUUGGAAUUCGAUGAUCCUUUCAUGUUCCCUAAAGUAAGUCUGUACAAGAAAUUGGAACAGGAACUGAUCGUUGGUAAAGAGUUAGAAGAUGAGCAAAUCAAUUAUAUUGAGCCUAAUAGUACUUAG